UCUUAAUUCCAAAGAGCAUCAAAUCCGAACAAAAACAACCGUCUUCUAACUGUGGAAUCUGAAUCUGGUUGGUCAUCGAUAUGUUAGGUAAUAAAUUAGCAUAAAUGAGUAGUCAGUAGAUAUGGUGCCAGUGAGAAUCAUAUGCUGCUUGAUUCUUUAAAAAAACACUGCUCAGAAUUGAUUUAAACUUGUAGAUAUAAAAAUGCCUCGGACAUCAGAACCGAGUACUAUAGGACAAACCUACAAAUUAGUUGUUGUAGGUGGUGGAGGUGUUGGCAAAAGCGCUUUAACUAUUCGUUUUAUUCAGUCAUAUUUUGUCACAGAUUAUGAUCCGACUAUUGAAGAUUCCUACACAAAACAAUGCGUUAUUGAUGGACAAGUAGCACGUCUAGACAUUCUAGAUACUGCUGGUCAAGAAGAAUUCAGCGCUAUGAGAGAACAAUAUAUGAGAUCCGGAGAAGGUUUCCUUUUGGUUUUCUCUGUAACAGACAGUAACAGCUUGGAUGAAAUGUACAGAUUUCAUAAACAAAUUCUAAGAGUUAAAGACAGAGAUGAAUUUCCAAUGCUCCUUGUAGCCAAUAAGUGUGAUCUGGACUCCCAACGUGUGGUUACAUCUACUGAGAUACAACAAAGAGCACAGCAGCUAAAAAUUCCGUGCGUAGAAUGCAGUGCUAUGUUAGGGAGAAAUGUUGAAACUGCAUUUUAUGAGCUUGUCAGACAAGUGAGGAAAUUUCAAGCAGCAGAGAGGCCUCCCAUAAAACCAUCCAAGUCAAAGCCUCGGAGAAAAUGCACUCUUCUUUGAUGCCCAUUCUCCUGCACAUCUUUUAUUUGAAUCCAUUUCAUGAUUAUAUUCACACUUAAAACAAAACAUGUUGGUGAAUUUCUUUUAAAAAUACUUGUUCAUUUUUCUUUGCCAUGGCAUUUCCUUGGCUGGAUAGAAUACGUAACUGAUGCAAUUUUAUAUCAUUUCUACUUAAAAUUAUUUACAAUGUUAUAUAAUGUGGCUUCUCUUAACAUUGUGGAGCUCAAUGAUUGUACAUUUACAAUUUGCAUAGAUUGUAUUUUUUAAAAAAGAAAUGAUUUUCAUACAUACAUUUCAAAAGGUAUAUUGAAUACAAAAAUUGGUGAGAAUAUAUCAAUAUCCAAACUAUAUUUCACAUUUACUUAAAAUUUUUGAAUGAUAUUGAUUCAUAUCAGAUUUCUAUGAACUGUGAAUAUAUUUUAAUGUUUCACACUGUAUUAUUUAUUGUUAGUUAUCAUCUUCACUGUUUUGCUUUUGUCUUAGAGAUAAGACAAGUUGAUCCAAAGAUUGCUAUACAUUAUGUAUGCAGUAUUAUGUUUAUUUUUGUCUUAUCAGUGAUGUGCUACAUUUUAUAGUGAUUGAUGUAUAUGUGUAUAGUCAGUGUUGCUCAUUGCCUUUAGAUAGAUUUUGAACACAAGGAAUUUUACAUUGUAAUAUUUAUAUAAGAUGAAUUUUGACAAAUUUUGCAUAAAAACAGUUUUUCUGUUUUAUGCUUAAUUUUUUUCCCUUCAAUGAAUUGUUUAUUUUUGGCAUAGCAUACGUUUUUAAAUAGUCCUAAAAUGUACUGUGGGCUGUUAUUGUAACGUAGAUUUUUUCAACAGUUGUAUUAGACAUUUCCUUCAUCUUAUUUCCCACAAUAAUGUCAGUCUAAUAAACUUGAGCCUUUAAUUUUAAGCCAUCUUAUAAUUUAUUAUCUAGAGAAAAUAGCAUCGAAUACAUAAUAUAAAGAAUUGAUUUUAUGAAAAGUAACUUAUAUUUUGUAAAAUGAAUUUUCAGAAGAAUCGGAAGUAUUUCGAGCACUUUUCUUAUGAUUGAUGAAACUCAAUAUCUUUGUAAUGUUUUAAUUCUAGCUCUGUUUUAAUGCUGGGUAAAUUAAAAAUUUUUUAUUCUUCUAAGAGUAAAGACUCUAUAAUAUAUGCAGCAAAGAAAAGCUUUUAUAUAUAUAUAUAUAUAUAUUGUAUCUUAUGCCAUGUUUUAUCAUUUGAGUAAAGAUAUUUAAAUAAAUAUGCAUGGAAUUAAUGAAUUUUAUACUAUUUAAUCAUUGUGGCUGCUUACAUGUUAUGAGCCUGUUUAUUUGAAUCUCAUGUACGUGAUAACAGUAGUUGUACAGUUAGAUUUUGUGUUGUGAUACAGUUUAUGAAUCAGUGUAUCAGAUAACUUAAGAGAUCAUUCUGUUGUUAAUGAAUUUUUUUAUUAUUAUGGAGCUAUUAUUUGAGGUGUACAAUUCAUUUCAGAAAGUUUUUAAGUAGGUUUUUUUUUUUUGUAUUAUUAAAUUAUUUAGUACUAUGUAAAGUUAUUUGCAUAGACAUUGUUAUUAUUAUUUUUUUUUUCAUUAU